CACAUGGAUAGUUUUAAUUACCCAAUUGAUUAAAUUCAAGUCAACUUUUGUUAUUUUUAUGUAAAUUAAUUAUAAAAUGGUGUAUUUAUUGCACCCUUAACCUAUGCCUUAAGGGCACAAAAUAGAAAACCCCUUAAAUAAAUUAUUGUUUCAAGAUAAGACAGGGUGCUUUUCUAAUUUCCAGUUUUCACUCCAUAAAACGCAGUAGACACAUGCAGGAGAUGUGGCUGAUUUUAUCCAGAAGAAACUCAACUUGCCACCAGUCUUGCUUGGACAUUCAUUUGGAGGGCUUAUUAUCCAAUACUAUAUUGCAAACAUGAGUAAUGGACAAUUUUUAGGUAGCUUCUUGUUUUCUAUUGAUUGAUAAAGGAAAGACCUCUAGGGGCAAUGCGUUUACUGAUAUGAAAUUGAAACAAGACCCAAGUAUCCAAUUUGAGGCAUGUGUGUGUCAUUUUGAACUUACAUCAGUCUCUCUAAAGGCGAUCUUCCUGGAGAAAUUUUCCUCAAUGUAGUCUUGACUCUUGAUUAAUGUCCCUGCUUUUGAAAAACGUUUACUUACGCUGCAGUAGUUUCUCCUUUGCUAAUUGAAAAUGAUCUUUGACCCAGAAACUUCAUACCCCAACCUCCUGGGAGCUGUCCUUGUCUGCUCUGUACCUCCUUCUGGUAAUAGUGGCUUAGUAUGGCGUUAUCUCUUCUCCAAACCCAUAGCUGCUUUUAAGGUUACACGCAGCUUAGCAGCUAAAGCUUUUCAAACUUCGUUGUCUCUUUGUAGGGAAACCUUUUUCUCUCCAAUCAUGGAGGAUAGUCUAGUUUUGAGAUAUCAGAAGCUAAUGAAAGAAAGUUCAAGGUUGCCAUUGUUUGAUCUGAGGAAGCUGAAUGCAUCACUUCCAGUUCCAAGGACUGAGCCCUGUCUCGAAAUUCUUGUGCUGGGGGCAAAUGAUGACUUCAUAGUGGAUGCUGAAGGACUGAGUGAGACAGGGAGAUUUUACAGUGUGUCACCAAUCUGCAUUGAAGGUGUUGCGCAUGACAUGAUGUUGGACUGUUCCUGGGAGAAAGGUGCUAAGGUUAUACUAUCAUGGCUGAAUGGUUUGAAGCAAAUUAGGACCUGAGGCAUGUAGGGAGAAGCAUGGAGGCUUCUCAUUUGUUUCUAGAACAGUAUUCUUUUUUUAUUGAACUUUCACUACCGUUUCUUUUUAUUUUUUUCCACUGAGUACUAAGGACAUUAUACGUAUCAAUCGCUCUCCUUCAGAUGAUUUGAAUCUAUGGAUUUAUUGUUUAACAAUAAUAAUCUUCAGCAAUC